AUGCCUAUCCAUGACCUUGUCCGCGGAAGAAAAACAGGAGUUCCUACGCCUACAUCCACCUUCGUAAAUUACGGCUCAAUAAAAAGAUUAAUGCAAGAAAAAAAUCGACAAGUGAUAGAAAUUGAUUCGUCAUGCUCACACGAACUCUUGUUUGAUAUGCUUCCCUCAAACUGGGAUCCACAUCAGAUCACAUGCUGUUGUGAUGGUAUUAUGUGCAUUACUUUGUGUAAUCGUCUGCUUCUAUUGAACCCGAACACCGAUGACUGCAAAAUGUUGCCGUUUCCUGAUCCUGAUGACAUUUUUCCUGCACACAAAUGGGAAGCCUUUGGUUUCGGAUAUGUUUCUUCUACUGAUGAUUAUAAGAUUGUAAAUGUGCCUUCUUACAGGCUAGACCUACAAUCCAAGAACCACAAUGUAUACAUAAUGACUCUAAAAUCAAAUUUGUGGAGAAAAAUAGGUAUCGACUUUCCAUACCUUGUCACUGAAUGUGGACGCGCAAUCUCUAUAGAUUUGGACAAGGAAAUCUGUACACAACUGCCGAUGCCUCCCAACGUGGUCGUACUUCCACACUCUGUCAAUCUAAGUUCGCUGGGAGUUUUAGCUAGUGGUAUUUCCGCAGGAAACCAUGACGCAAGCAAUAACUGUUUCGAUAUCUGGAUUUUCAAGGGGGAAACUUGGAUCAAGCAUCUGAACUUCCCGGCGAGUAUUCAUAAAGGGCCUGAUGAUUGUUAUGUUUCCAAUGUGAUUCCCACUCUUUUUCGACCACCAUGGCGCGCUGGUGAUGCAUGCUAUAUUAGCCACUGUUUAUAUAUAACAUAUUACAUAAAUGAUAGAGAGGCUUUAGCUCCUAUAAUUGAUCCUACAAUCAAGCUUCUAAAUCUCCUAAAGAAGGAAGCAGUAUAUUGCUAA